UUGUACUGGAACAGCGCCAUGGACGGCGGACAAAUCGAUGAUAGAGAGAAGGAUGGAUCGGAAGCUGCUUGUGAUGGGGUGGUAGUACCCCAAGUGGUCGAUGAAAUACCUGUUCGAGUUCGAAAAUCUUACUUUGUCGAAGUCUUGUCAGUUGAGAGCCCGAAUAUAGAUGCCAUGAUCAAGAAGGCUGAAGAAACCAUUGAAAGGAUAAAUGAAGAUGAAGUUCUGUUAGCCCAGAAGAUAAGGAAAAGAGUGAUGGAUAGCGAUGAGGUGAGGGCGAAAUUGAGCGCGAUAAAUUACUAUGGUAACUAUGGACUCACUCCAGAUUGGGAAAGAGACAGAUUGGCUGUGCUGCAUCUAUCACUAGACAAACUGAGUUUUGCAAACAAUGCAUAUAAGGAUAAAUCGAAUAAGUCGUGCUUGUCGGGAGGGGAAGUCGAUAAGCAAAAACUGUGUUUCUUGAUGGGACAUGAGUGUAAAAACAUGGCCCAUGAGAGGAAGCUAUUAAGGGAGAUGAAUGCAAUACAAGGGAAGGAUGGUGGGAUGACAGUGGAAGAACUCCAGGCUCCUAUUUUUGGGUUUAUGCAACAGAUUGAAUGCCUAAAAGAGCAAAUGCGCAACAACUAUUGGGAUUGUGAGAAAUCCAGAGACGAUGUUGGUCGUGAUAAAGCCAUUCUGAAAGACAUACAACAACAUAAGAUUGGCAGGGAGAAAGGUAUUGGCGAUGGUGUUGUGAACGGAAAAUUGUGGAAGUCCUUGGGUUCACAAGAAUCCAUUCGAGUGGAAUUGCAGGCUCUGAGCAAGGAUUGGGAUGAGGUAGCGGAAAAUCAGAUAAAAGUAAAUGCCAAAAUGAAGAAGCUAAGGAAAAAGGUAGAGAAGGUAGAAAAGGACAUAAGUUGUUUACAGAAACGCUUGAAAGAUGGCGAUCGCAAAAAGGAUGCGGCACACAACACCAUUCUCAAGCUGAAGAAGCAGCAGGAAGAGCUUAGUGGUACAUCAAAAUCCAAUUUACAGGUAAUUUAGAUUAGGAGAAGGCUGCAAAAACAGAGUUCUACUCUAUUCCUUUCAUUUUGAAAUGCCUACCUAGGUUUUGUAAACAUUAUGCAACACGUGGCGCAAUGCGACUGGACAGACCUUUUUUUAAAAGAGAAAAAAAAAAAAAAAGAUUACCUUAAAUGUAACAUUCCGUAUAUAACACUAUUAAUGAACUCAUAAAUUCUACUCCUUUCAAACUUUAAUUUCUUCCUAUUAAACAUUUAUUCCGGAUAAAAGGUUGAUUAAAGAAAACCUGAUUAGUUUGAUUUUCCGUUCUUUUCUCCACUAUCAGUUCAUCCUUAACUUAGAAACUGGUUCCCACAAUGCCUCUUAAGAAGAAGUUGUUAGUUCAAAUCUCACAUCUUAAACUUACCAAAAAAAAGAAUGUAUUAUUAUAAGUUGAAUGCAUUUUGUUUUCCAGUUUCCCUCUCAUUUUGUGAGAAGCCAAACACAAGGGGUAAUCCAAAACAAAGCAUUCAACAUUAAUAAUUAUCAAAAAAUAAAAAAGAGGCAUAUUUCUCAAAGGUUUAUCAAAGAUGGGACGAUACUCUAUAUAUUCCAUUGCGAAAUAACAUCUACUCUUUUUUUUCUUUUUUCUUUUUUCUUUUUUUUCUUGUUUUUGAAUUUACUCUCAUCUUGGGUCCAAAAAAAAAACUAAUAAAAAAAAGUGGAAAAAUAUCGAAAUAUCCUCUCUUUUUUAUUUGCUCAAUUUCUAAUGUGGACCCCAAAGACUCCAUAAACGAGAAUUGAAUAACCCUAAUACGUCCGGCCAUACCUUCCGGGCCAAACCCUUGCGGUUGCUCGGUGGCGGCGACGGAACAAUCAUCACCGCCGUCUCAUCCUCAGUCCGCGAUGGCUCUCCCUUUCCCUCCGCUGCUUCCACAUCGUCACUCCCAGACGUCGUCGGAGCCGCAGAAGACCCCUCAUCAUUCGGCAGAGGAAGAACUUCCGGCAACGGCGGCAGUGGCGGGG